GCCGUCGGUGGCGGGCUCGCGGCCGCCUCAGAGCCCCGCAGCGGGCAGCGAGGCGGGGCGGGGGUCGCGGGGGCGCUGUUGGCUGGCGCCUUUGAGGGGGCGCCCCGGCGGCCAUGUCGGCCGGCGAGGUGGACCGCCUGGUGUCGGAGCUGAGCGGCGGGACCGGAGGAGAUGAGGAGGAAGAGUGGCUGUAUGGCGGCCCCUGGGACGUGCAGGUGCACAGCGACUUGACCAAGGACCUAGAUGAAAAUGAAGUGGAGAGGCCAGAAGAAGAAAAUGCCAGUGCAAAUCCUCCGUCUGGGAUUGAAGAAGAAGCCGCGGAGAAUGGCGUGCCCAAACCGAAAGUGACCGAGACAGAGGAUGACAGUGACAGUGACAGUGAUGACGACGAGGACGAUGUCCACGUGACCAUCGGAGACAUUAAGACGGGAGCGCCGCAGUAUGGGAGUUAUGGUACAGCACCUGUGAAUCUUAAUAUCAAAACAGGAGGAAGAGUUUACGGAAGUACAGGAACAAAAGUCAAAGGGGUGGACCUAGACGCGCCAGGGAGCAUCAAUGGAGUCCCUCUCUUGGAGGUAGACUUGGAUUCUUUUGAAGAUAAACCAUGGCGUAAACCCGGUGCUGAUCUUUCUGAUUAUUUUAAUUAUGGGUUCAAUGAAGAUACUUGGAAAGCUUACUGUGAGAAACAAAAGAGGAUACGAAUGGGACUUGAAGUUAUACCAGUUACCUCGACUACUAAUAAAAUUACGGCCGAAGACUGUACUAUGGAAGUUACACCAGGUGCAGAGAUCCAAGAUGACAGAUUCAAUCUUUUGAAGGUACAGCAGGGAAGAACUGGAAAUUCAGAGAAAGAAGCACCUCUUCCACCUGCCAAAGCCGAGUUCACUUCUCCUCCCUCUUUGUUCAAGACUGGGGUCCCUCCGAGCAGGAAUAGCUCCUCGUCUCAGGCUCAGCCGAGUGCUGCUUCCAGGAAAGCCGCUUCCAACGUCGGCAAGUGGCAGGACCGCUACGGGCGGGCCGAGUCCCCGGAUCUGAGGAGAUUGCCUGGAGCAAUCGAUGUUAUCGGUCAAACCAUAACUAUCAGCCGAGUAGAAGGAAGACGGCGAGCUAAUGAAAACAGCAACAUACAGGUCCUUUCUGACAGAUCUGCUGCUGAAGUGGACAACAAUUUCAACAAGCCACCUCCAUUUUUCCCUCCAGGAGCUCCUCCCACCCACCUUCCCCCGCCUCCCUUCCUCCCGCCGCCUCCCACUGUCAGCACCGCACCACCUCUGAUUCCACCACCAGGUAUUCCAAUAACUGUACCACCUCCAGGUUUUCCUCCACCACCAGGCGCUCCACCCCCAUCUCUCAUCCCAACGAUAGAAAGUGGGCACUCUUCUGGUUAUGACAGUCGCUCUGCACGGGCAUUCCCUUAUGGCAAUGUUGCCUUUCCUCAUCUUCCUGGCUCUGCUCCUUCAUGGCCUAGUCUUGUGGAUACCAGCAAGCAGUGGGACUACUACGCAAGAAGAGAGAAAGACCGUGACCGAGAAAGAGACCGUGACCGAGAGCGGGAACGGGAUCGGGACCGAGAGCGCGAGCGCACCAGAGAGAGAGAGAGGGAGCGAGAGCACAGCCCCACCCCCAGCGUCUUCAACAGGUUGGUGGGUGAUGAAGAGCGCUACAGAUACAGGGAGUAUGCAGAGAGAGGCUACGAGCGGCACCGGGCGAGUCGGGAGAAAGAAGAGCGGCACCGGGAGAGGCGGCACCGGGAGAAGGAGGAGACCAGACACAAGUCGUCCCGAAGCAACAGUAGACGUCGCCAUGAAAGUGAAGAAGGAGACACCCACAGGAGACACAAGCACAAAAAGUCUAAGCGCAGCAAGGAAGGGAAAGAGGCCAGCGGCGAGCCCGCCCCCGAGCAGGAGGGCGCCGAGGCCGCGCCUGCUGAGUAGGCACGGCCAGAGGCUGUAAAUCUUGUUAUUUUUCUGGAUAAUGUUUAAGAAAUUUACCUUUAAUCUUGUUCUGUUAGUAUGGAAAGUUAAAAUUUUUUUCCAAAAUAAAAGUCGAUUUUUCAAGUUAAGUUAAAAAUCUUUGUCAUGUGAUGUAUAAGAAUAAGCCAAUAGCCCUGGCAUCACAUUCGGUGAGGGAGCGUGAAUGAGUCGUUAGCAGGGAUCUGCAGAGCAUUUAGUGUCUGGUGUGUACAAUGUCUGCACAAGAUGCAGGCUGCCUGCUGGCCACACUGCUGGUUCCUGGUGCCUCAGAAGGGAUCCAGCCCCUUCCCAGGCGGCCUUUCGAGCUCUGCUGUGGCGUUCCUGCUUGACAUCAUUCAGGCCCGUCACCCCUGUCGGACAUCAGGCUCACAUCUGCUGCUUUACUGCCUGACUACCAGCAGCAGCCUAGGCUGCACCAAGGAGAAAUCGGGAGCCAGGAACUCAACCCAAGUAUCCCACCUGGGAAAACCAAACCAUCCACAGUCUUCCAACAGACAUUAGCAGGAAGUUGGGGUCAGGAGCUGCAGGCAGAAACGGAACCCAGGCCCACCACCUGGUGUCUUGACUGACAUGCCUAAGGCCCACCCAUCAGACUUUUGGUGGUGGGCUAUUAGUGCCCUGACCUCGGGUUCUUGGGGAAACUAAAUUCUCUCAUCUGGAAGGCAUUGGGCAGCCUCUGAGGUGACUUGUGUUAAGUGUGGUUUCUUCCAGGCCCAUGUUUCAUCCUUGAUCGCUAUGACAGGUUUGAAUCCCCUCUUGCCAACUUGGAGAGGGCUGAGCCCUUCCGCCUUGCUGGAUGUAUUUCCCAAGGCUCAUGGGAGAGCCGCAAGUGCAGCACCCCAGCGUCACUGGUUGUGCUGUGAGCAAAGCUGAACCUCACGGCGAGCUCUAGGUUACUCAUUUCUUACUAAAGGCAAGAGAAUGCACUUGUCGGGGUGACCCUGGGAGAUUAUGUGUCAGUCACAGUAUCAGGUACAUGGUAUUUGAAAGAAUUACUGGUUUCUUCUAAAUGGUGGUGACAGAAGUCAACUUAAUUAGCAUCACAUACAAAUGACAACUAUGAUUUCUGGGAAAGUAUUUAUUUCUCAUUUGAUGAAAGGAAUGUUUCUCAGUGUGUUUUAAAUUUUUUAAAAUUUCUCUUUAAAAAUGUGCAUAAUAUACCUUUUGCUGAUCUCUGCAUAAACCCAAAUUAAUCUGAAUUGAUCUGAAUUCAAGGGGGCAAUUCAAACCAUGUUAGGUACUUGAGAACAUUUGCUGAGUCAAAAAGACAAGGUUGAGUCAAGUAAGAGACUGCAUUAUAGCAUGGACCAGUUGGUGGUCAUUUUUAAUUUUUGAGAGUUGUAUUUCCCAAAGUGCAAAUGGAUUUUUUAAAUUAAAUUAUGCUUUUCUUGACACUUUAACAGUAUACUCUUUAAAUAUAAAAAUGAACAAGAUAAAUAGUCUGUUUCAAUUUAGCUUGGCUGUGACUUUCCUGUGACCCAUGAUGGAUCCUACAAAAAAGUGCCAGGCCAGGAAGCCAGAGUGAGAGUGAUUCUUCCUUUUAGUUCUUUGAGCAUCCGGGCCAAGCAGGUGUGCGUCAUUCCCGAGGUACUUCUGCCGUUGACCGCGAGGAGAAUGUCGCCACACCUGAACAAGACAAUAGGGGGCAGGAUCAAUGCUGAAGUCAUGCUAAUGGAUCUAAGUGGCCCUGAUGUCUGCUAGGCCUGUCGGUAGUAAUUACAUUACUGGAGGAUUUCCUGUCCUCCCUUACUUUCAUGCCAUUGUCUGAGAAGGGUGGGCAGCUGCAGUGUGGGGCUGAAGGCAUGCAGGAUUCUGUGGUGAUGCCAGAUGCUGUGGAAAUGUCUGUUUCUCACACUCCCUUCUUCCAUAAAUGAACACCAUACCUUAGUUCAGAUGAAACCAAGGUUGUACAUCUCUGAAACAAACCACUUGAAUAUAAGCUUUUGUCAGGUGGUCAUGAUUCUUACCUAAUUCUUCCGUCAUUGUACGCUGGUGUGCCUUCCACGAGGGAUUUGAUGAAGAAAGGCUUGUGCCCGCUGUGUUCCUCAUAGCCGCCCACGAUGCAGAAGCCGAGGCUGCCCGCCGCAUUCCUCCGCAGCACGACGUCUUUGCAGUUACACAGGUGCCUGCAACAGGACACAUGGAGGGGAUGCACCGUUCAGUGUAACUUGGCUACAGUGAUUGCGCCUUUGCCUCCCACUCCUUCUACAGAUGUAUUUAAAGGUGAAGUAGCCCUGGACAGGUCCCACCCAAAUGUGCUUCACAGCUCAGCAACUUGUUGUUGGCUGACUUUGUGAUUGAUCGUUUUUGUUUCCGAAGCUGUUAAUGCUUUAGAAAGUGACACCGCCGGUUACACUCUGUCUGUGCACCGAUUAGGAAGGAUAAUCCUAUCUGGCUUAGAGAAGCCUUAGUGCCUAAUUUUGGCUUAGUGAAAAGUUGGGAAUACCUAAAUCCUCACUGACUAAAGCAAAUUAAGUAUGGGCAUAUUUUUGUUCUGAGUUAAAUUUCUAAAGAAGGCAGAGAUCCUUGGAACAAAUCAUCCAUCUCAAUGACAAUUUAAACCUAAUUAAUGAAUUUGUGGAAGAGUUUCCAACCUUUGGAAAACACUGCUCCUUACCUAGUUGUGCAUGUUUGGCCAGUUAGAAGUGUGCAGCUGUAAUGUGAAUGGGAAUUGCACAUUGAGGAAAAGCUAAACCGACAUAAACUGAUGAAGAGUGGAAGGAGGGAAUGCAGCAUUGGUCUAAGUGGCUGGAGUCCUCACUUAAAUAGCAGAUGAGGUCACUGGGCUAGUGUGCUCAGGGUGUGGGGCACCUUAUGGACACGGUGUCCCUGGUGCCGUGGAGCUGCAGCUCAGAAGUUAGCCCUUACUCCCGGGCCCUAUGUCCUACUGUGUGACCUCCUGAGAGGAAAUGAGCAUUUUCAUGUUAAUAAAAUGACUGUUUAUAAACUGUACCUUCAAAUAAUAACCCACCGUUUUUUGAAAGUCAAUAAAAGUCUCUUGUGAAUAAGUGAAGUUGGUCAUUUGUCUUGGACCUUGCUAGCCAGUGUAACUUUUUCAAGCUGUUGCUCAUACUCAGUUGAAAUAAAACCACCUCUGGGGUUUGAUGAAUAUCUUUCAAAUGCACUAUUGUAUGUGUUACCAUAUAUAUCACAGUGAUAGAUUUUUUGUGGAAGUGAUAGCUAAAAAACAUGAAUUUUAUAAAAUGCAAAGCAACUUAUUUUGAUGAUUGAUCUGCUGUGAUUCACAACAAGCCUUGAUGCCACUGAGAGUUUCUUCCUGUGGAAGCCCAGGCUUUGCACAUGCAC